AUGAAUGACGUCCGCGUGACGGGCCGCAAGCUACGCAGUAUGCGCGAGACGCCGCGUCUCGCCGCCGCCGGCGUCGCGGGUCCGCUCUUCAUCUCUGUCGGCCGUCCCGACCAGCUCAAGCAGUUCCUCGAGGUCAACCCGGAGCUCACGGGCGCAAAGGCUCUGAUCGACGACUCGCCCGACUUUGCCGGCUACAGGGCGGCCGGCUUCAACCUCAAGCUAGGGGAAAAGCAGCUCGAGAAGCCGCCGGACUUCAAGCCGCCCAAGGCCAUGGGGAUGGGCAAAUGGAUGACCUACCUCAAGAAUGUGGGCUCGCUCUCGCCCGUGCCCAAGGGCAUGAAGUUUGGCGAGUUCCCCGAGGGCGUCAAGGUGCUGGGCGGCACGUACGCGAUCGACGGCGACGAGGUGCUCUUCGCGCACAGCGACGAGGUGCCGGGCGCCACGCCCAAUAUCGAGGAGGUGCUGGCGGCAGCCGGGGCAGCCUGA